UGCGCGCCGUGCCAACAUGGCUGCGCCCAUCGCCGCACGCUUCGGGCUCGCCUCGGGGUUCGCCGCGGGGUCUCUGCGGCCGCUCCGCUCGCUGGGACGCGGCGCUGCCUCCCCCUCGGCUGUCGCGAAUGCCCGGCGCAAACACGACCCCGCUGUUGCGAAACGGCAGCCUGCCGUCGCCCAGACUGGAAGGGCGGAAUGGCGCAGCGUGGUGGGACUGGAGGUGCACGCUCAAAUUCACUCGCACUCCAAGCUCUUCUCAGGUGCCGGCGUCAAGUUCCACGCCGCGCCCAACUCUCUCGUCUCGCACUUUGAUGCCAGCUUGCCUGGCACCUUGCCUGUCCUGAACAAGCGCUGCGUGGAGGCUGCAGUCCUCACCGCGCUCGCGCUUGGCUGCCGCAUCAACAUGCACUCGGAGUUUGACAGAAAGCAUUACUUCUACUCUGACCUCCCAGCCGGCUAUCAGAUCACGCAGCAGCGGCUGCCGAUAGCCGAGGGAGGGGCGCUGCGCUACCAGCUGUUCCACGGUAACCGGCGGAGCGAGGCAGAGGAGCGUGAGGUGCGCAUCAAGCAGAUUCAGCUGGAGCAGGACAGCGGGAAGUCGCUGCACGACGAUGCCAGGCACCGCUCGCUCAUAGACCUCAACCGUGCCGGGGUGGGCCUCAUGGAGAUCGUGAUGGAGCCCGACAUGAGCUGUGGCCUGGAGGCGGCUACCGCCGUCCGCGAGCUUCAGCUCAUCCUGCAGGCACUGGGCACCUGCCAGGCCAUCAUGGCCGAGGGACAGCUGCGCGUGGAUGCCAACGUGUCCGUUCACCUCCCCGGGGACCCUCUCGGUGUCCGGACAGAAGUGAAGAACAUCAACAGCCUCAAGUUCCUUGCCAGAGCCAUAGAUUACGAAAUUGAGAGACAGAUCCAAAUGUUGGAUGACGGUGGUGAAAUUUUUAACGAAACGAGAUCAUUUGACAGCAGAACAGGAAAAACUGUUCAAAUGAGGGACAAGGAAGCCAAGCAAGACUAUCGCUUCAUGCCGGAGCCGAACCUGCCGCCCCUCGUCCUGCUGGACGACGCGUCCAUGGCGGGGGCGCCCGGCGAUCACUCGGUCCACGGUCACUCGGUGAAUGUGGACGCCGUGCGCAGGGCCCUCCCGGAGCUUCCGGCUGCCCGGCGCCAGCGCCUCGUGCGGCGCUACGGGAUCCUGGCGGAGCACGCCGCGACGCUCGUGAACGAUGGGCUGGUGGAGUACUUCGAGGCCGUGGUGGAUGGGAACCGCCGCAAGCCCAAGAAGGUUAUAGGCUGGGUGAUUAACGAGCUCCUCGGCAACCUUAAUGAGAGAGGCAUCUCCGUGGGCCAGAGCCCUGUCGAGCCAGCGGCCUUGGGGGAACUGUUUGACCUCGUGGAGAAGGGGUCCGUUUCGCCGGCUACAGGCAAGCUGGUCUUGGCCGACCUCUGCACCACACGUGGCCAGAGUCCCACGGAGGUGGUACAGACGCGGGGCCUGUGGCAGUUGUCGGAGCAAGCCCCGCUGGAGGCCUGCUGCCAGGCCGUCAUGGACGCGCACCCCAAAGAGGUGGGGCUGGUGAAAGAUGGCAACGUGAAGGUUCUGAACAGGCUGAUCGGACUCGUGCAGAGAGAGCUGAAGGGUCAAGGUGACCCGAAGGUGAUCAGGCAGAUCCUGGAGAAGAUUCUGCGCUGAGGAUGUGAUAAUUCAUCGCGUCAAUAGCAUCCAUAAGACACCCGAGUGUAAAAAAUGGAAGGGAUGUAUCUUAUCUUACUUUAUCUUUUCACAGUAAUGUAUUUUCCAUAAUAGAGGUUGUAUUUGUUGUAAAUAGUCACAAUUUUCAAAGUAAUACCAAUAAAAAUGUCAAUGUA